GCGCUGACUGUGGCGUCGUCACACCAUCAUCUGGUUGGGCGCUCAAAAUCGUCCAGUCUGGUCCCGCUAGCUCCACAAGGACUAACGCGCAAGGGCAUCCCCGACAGGCGGGUUGUGUAUUUAGCUAACAUACUGUCGCCCCCCGGGUUGUACCACCAAGACGCCGGCGGAACCACAGCAAGGUCUUGCUUUUAAGCUCAGAUUUGAGCCCCCCCCGCCCCUCAAGUCCUUCAGAGAUCAUCUUGGGUUCAACUACAGCAGGAUUCGUUCUUCCAACGUCUUCUCCUUGACCAGACAUGCCUCCACCAGCAGGUGGCCCUGCAGGAUACACCCCUCCCGAGGGGGGCUGGGGUUGGGCGGUGGUAGUGGGGGCCUUUAUUUCCAUUGGCUUCUCCUACGCGUUCCCAAAAUCUAUAACGGUCUUCUUCAAAGACAUUGAGGUGAUCUUCGAAGCCACGCCCAGCCAGGUGUCAUGGAUUUCGUCCAUCAUGUUGGCUGUCAUGUACGCCGGAGGUCCAAUCAGCAGCAUCCUGGUAAACAGAUUCGGAAGUCGGCCAAUCAUCUUCCUUGGUGGCUGCCUGGCGGGGUCGGGAUUGGUCGCCGCCUCCUUUUGCAACACCGUGGAGCAGCUCUACUUCUUCAUCGGAGUUGUCGGAGGCUUAGGAUUGGCGUUCAACUUGAACCCAGCCCUCACCAUGAUCGGGAAGUACUUCUACAAGCGCCGGCCCAUCGCCAACGGCAUCGCCAUGGCCGGCAGCCCCGUCUUCCUGUCCACUCUGGCGCCCCUCAACUCCUGGCUCUACGACGAGUUUGGCUGGAGGGGCAGCUUCCUCAUCCUGGGGGGGCUUCUGCUCAACUGCUGCGUGGCCGGCUCGCUCAUGCGCCCCAUCGGACCCAAAGCCCAGCCCGCCAAGCCGGACGCAGAGGUGGGUGAGGCGGGGGAUUCGGCGCAGGCGCCGCCCAAGAAGACGGUCCUGCAGACCAUCAACUCCUUCAUCGACCUGACGCUGUUCAAGCAUCGCGGCUUCCUGCUCUACCUGAUGGGCAACGUCAUCAUGUUUCUGGGGCUCUUCGCUCCGCUCGUCUUCCUGUCCAACUUUGCCAAGAGUAAAGACAUCAGCAAGGAAAAGGCGGCGUUCCUUUUAUCAGUGCUGGCGUUUGUGGAUAUGUUCGCCAGGCCCUCCAUGGGCCUCCUGGCGAACACCAAGUGGGUCCGACCCAGAGUGCAGUACUUCUUCGCCGGCGCCGUACUCUACAACGGCGUGUGUCACGUCUUGGCGCCGCUUUCCACCAACUACACCGGAUUCGUGGUGUACGCCAUCUUCUUUGGCUUUGCAUUUGGCUGGCUGAGCUCUGUGUUGUUCGAGACCCUGAUGGAUCUGGUGGGGGCGCAGAGGUUCUCCUCGGCCGUGGGUCUUGUCACCAUCGUGGAGUGUGCGCCGGUGCUGCUGGGCCCGCCGCUAACGGGAAGCUUCUACAACUACUUCCACCACUACGACUACACCUACAUCUCCUCCGGCGUCACCCUCAUCAUCGCCAGUAUCUUCCUCUUCGUGGGAAUGGGAAUAAACUACAGACUCUUAGACCAGGAGAAACAGCGGGAAGACAGUAAAGAGCCCAAGGAGGAGCGCGCGGCCAUGCUAGCACCCGCCUCGCCGUCAAAGUCCCACACGGAUGGCAACGACGCGGCGGACACCGUCAAGCCGGAGGAGGAUUCCAAGAUGGCCGAGAACACGGUGUAGUACCACAACAGAACACACGAGAAACUAGUACUCAAUUACUUCAUGGAGCGCCGCGCUCACAUCUUUUUAUGUAGUUUUUAAAAUGAUGUGCCUGUUGGGGGGGGGGGGGCGCACCCCCCGCCUGCCAACACACGACGCUGACAGGAGGGUUCAAAUCCAAGUCAUCAUUAGCCACGUAUACAUGGACACAAAUAUUCCAAUUCCAUUCGGGUUAUUUGCUCAAACGGAAAGAAUCGAACCUUUUGUAUACGCCUCAUUCCCAAAGAAAAAUGAAUAUAUAAUGGAAUUCCCAGGGGUGGAAUAUUCCUUCCCCCAAUCCGAUUGAGGUAUCUUGGACCCGCUCAAACGGAAAGUUGUCCUACUGCGUUCUUCUUCCUGGUGUUUUUCUUCUUCUGUUGUUUAUUGGCGGUUGGCAAGCAGCUUUUGUGUGCAUUAGCGCCAUCUGUGGAACACAAUCUAAACCAGGGGUCUCAAACUCAAUUUACUUGGCUCGGGUCUGGGCGAGGCUGGGCCGCAUCAGGUUUUCCAAAAAAAACAAAAAAAAACGCAUUUAUUAAAAACAGAAAAAUGAAUAAACUUUGCUUUUGUUCCGAUUUUCUACAAUAAAAGCUCUGAUAAAACAUUCCACUGUUCUCAAAUAUCUUACUUUUUAUUUUUCUACACAAAAUAAGAUGAAAAAUAAAUAAACAAAUCAAGAAUAAAGAAAAUCAAUCAGUAAUAAAUAAAUAUAAUAAUAAUAAUAAAACAGCAAAUAAUAAAAACUUAAGAAACCACAUAUAGUUGGUGGGUAGACAAAUGAUUUUUUUCAGAUUAAAAUGAACAAAGCAUUAUUAGAGCCCUGUAGACAUGACAAAACACGACUAUAGUCACAUUUAUACUCUUUUUAUUUACAACAUAUUGCGCAACUGCAGGGUCUUGAGACACAUGCUAACUCGCAAACUAGAGAGCUAGCGACCUAAACGGUAGCCUUCGAGUUAUUUCCUUUAACCUUAAAUAGCAAAAAACUUACCACUUCCACACGGAUAGGGAGGAUAACUAUUAACAGUUAUUUAACCUUUAACAUGAACAUGAAUCAAACGUAGUAAUUUUUUCUGGGUACAUGAUACCAUACAGCAUCCAUAUCAAAGCUCCAGACGUUCUUCCAUUUUAAAAAAUGGAGGCGAGCAAUCGGCAUUGGACUGCUGCGGAAAGUUUGUUUUUGAUCCGAACUAAAUUCCAAGACUGAACAAAGGAAAAAGUGUCAAUACGGAGUUAUUCCAACAAGUGAAAGAAAAACUCCAGGAAGUCAAUAUCACGUGAUGUUGAUGUUUACGCUUUACUGCGUAUGCCCCGUUGACUAUUCCGGUUGAUUCUAGUAUAGCGGCGCAUGUAGACACCCGAUUGGAAUAUUCCUUUCCAUGGAUACCAUUGCUUUGGGAAAGACAAAAAACCCUCAUGUAAACGUGGCUAGUGAGGACGUCACUCUCAGGGUCUCCAGUUGCCAUAAUGCACCACAUACAUGAUUACCAGGCAUGCUCCAAUCUAUGGGAUGAUUUACUUUUU